CUUUGCCCAGGGGGUCUGUGCUACACAACUUUAGGCUCCGCCGGCAGUGGGCCGCUUCUUGUCAGGUCGAGCGAUCGGCCUUGGCGGACACUUUUAUCAGCAGGAGCGGCAAACUCUAUACUUGGUCAGCUAAGCUGAACAAUGAGGAACUCCGCGCUGUCUUUCGUGCGCGCGGGCGUGCUGCAGCUGGGCUCGCAGUCUGGUGUGAGUCUGCUGGCUCAGGAGGGUGCGUUUACGCUUUCAAAGCGUUCUGAGCAGGCCAUCCUUCGCAUCAGCCGCGCGUUUGCUGCCGACGCCAAGGCGUUGGAUGAGCUGCGAAAGCCGAAGUUUACGAGCAAGUAUCUGAUUAACCAUGUCUCCGAGAAGCUCAUUCCUGCCGUCAAGGAGUGGGAGAAGCAGUACCAGCCUCCGGUUAUCCAUUUGGGCCGCGUCUUGUCCGUUGGUGACGGUAUUGCCCGUGUGUAUGGACUGAAGAGCGUGCAGGCUGGUGAGCUUGUUUGCUUUGACAGCGGCGUGAAGGGCAUGGCGCUGAACCUGCAAGCGGACCACGUCGGUGUUGUCGUGUUUGGUAACGAUUCCCUGAUUCACCAGGGUGACCUCGUCUAUCGCACUGGCCAGAUCGUGAAUGUGCCGGUCGGUCCGGGCACUCUUGGUCGUGUGGUGGAUGCGCUGGGACAGCCCAUCGAUGGCAAGGGUCCGCUUACAAAUGUAAAGUCGUCGCUUGUCGAGAUUAAGGCACCGGGUAUCAUUGCUCGCCAGUCUGUGCGCGAGCCCCUGUACACUGGCGUGAAGGCGGUGGAUGCUCUUGUGCCGAUUGGCCGUGGUCAGCGUGAGCUGAUUAUUGGUGAUCGCCAAACCGGCAAGACGGCCAUUGCGGUGGAUUGCAUUCUGCACCAGAACUACCUUAACGGCAUCACCAGCCGGAAGAACCGCGUGUACUGCAUUUACGUGGCUAUUGGCCAGAAGCGCUCAACUGUGGCGCAGCUGGUGAAGCUCUUCGGCCAGACGGGUGCGCUCAAGUACACCAUCAUUGUGUCGGCUACGGCAUCGGAUGCUGCGCCUCUGCAGUUCUUGGCACCAUACUCGGGCUGUGCCAUGGCCGAGUACUUCCGCGACAACGGCAAGCACGCUGUCAUCAUUUACGAUGAUCUGUCGAAGCAGUCGGUAGCUUAUCGCCAGAUGUCUUUGCUGUUGCGCCGCCCGCCCGGCCGUGAGGCUUUCCCCGGUGAUGUGUUCUACCUGCACUCCCGCUUGUUGGAGCGUGCUGCCAAGAUGUCGGCGGCCAUGGGUGGAGGCUCGCUCACUGCUUUCCCUGUCAUCGAGACGCAGGCCGGUGACGUGUCGGCGUACAUCGCCACGAACGUGAUUUCGAUUACGGACGGUCAGAUUUUCCUGGAGACUGAGCUGUUCUACAAGGGUAUUCGUCCCGCGCUGAACGUCGGUCUGUCAGUGUCUCGUGUCGGCUCCGCUGCACAGUUCCCAGGCAUGAAGCAGGUCGCUGGUACGCUGAAGCUGGAGCUGGCCCAGUACCGUGAGGUGGCUGCUUUCGCCCAGUUCGGCUCGGACUUGGAUGCCGCCACUCAAUACGUGCUGGAGCGCGGUGCGCGCCUGACGGAGGUGCUGAAGCAGCGCCAGUUCAACCCAAUGCCUAUUGAACAGCAGACUGUGGUGGUGUACGCCGCCACCAAGGGCUACCUGGACAAGGUGCCGGUGUCGAAGGUCACAGCUAGCGAGGACGUAAUCCUGAAGCACGUGGAUCCCAAGAUCUUCAAGGUCCUGAAGGCUAAGGGAAAGAUUACCCCUGAGAUUAAUGCUCACCUCGCGCAGCAGAUGGCCACCUUGCCACUGUAAACGGGGUAACAUCGGGAAGCGGUUUGUCGCAUUUGGGCUUUCUGUGCUACUAAGCGGUGGGUGGUGAGGUUUCUUCACGAGAACGUACCGUGGUGGUAAAAACCUCGAGAGAGUCUGGCGACAACUCAGCAUGGAAUUGAGACAAUUCGUAUUGGCAUUGUGAAGUAUAGAGCUCGGUUGCUUCGGACGCGUCCUGCUAAUUCCGUCGCGGCUAUCUUGCAUGUGGAUGGGGUAGUGCCUGCUUGGCGUGUCGUGGAGCGGACAGAUAGCGCUUGCGUGGUGUCGCGUGCGCAUUAUCGGGAAUGCACAGCCGAGUGCACAGCGAAGGUGGUUGUUCAGUUGGUAUGCUUGAUUUCGAGGUAGCCUAAGCUUGUUCAUAUGUAAGCAGAUGUAAAAGGAAGGCUUAGCAGAUACGUCAACUUACAGGGGGGAUCUGGCUUCACAACUUGACUCAAGAAAUUAUCAUAUUAAUUGUAAUAGUCGGCAGCCACGAUGGGCAAGGUGAACCUUGCCACACUGCAACCUGCCACACUGCAACCUUGAACCACCUUGCCACACUGCAACAACAUGCGAAUGCGCUGUAGGUUUUUUACGCGUGCCAUAUCUGUCGCUUUGUGCAGUAAUCUUUGCGCAGAAGUCCUUUUUAUAACUUUACAUAUCCAUUACAGAAUUUAGGGAUUUAACCCUUCUUUUUAUGCAUUUUUGGGCGGGGCCCCGGCGCGAAGCGCCCAGGGGGGCCCCGACCUGUAGGAUUGCCCAUGUCCGUGUGUGUGUGUGUAACGG